AUGAGAAACUUAUACCUUGCUUUGCUCUUCUCCAUUAUUUUCAUUGUCAAAAUUCUAAACCAUCGCAACAAAAAUCUACCACCAAGUCCAUUUUCUCUACCAAUAAUCGGCCAUCUCCACCUCCUUAAUAAACAGCCACUCCACCAAGCACUACAUACCCUAUCAUCGCAGUAUGGUCCAAUCCUUUCUCUUAAACUUGGUUUUAGGUCUAUGCUCGUUGUAUCUUCUCCUUCUGCUGUUGAAGAAUGUUUCACCAAGAAUGACAUAACAUUUGCAAAUCGUCCCCGCACCAUGGCUGGGCAGCAUUUAACAUACAACUCAACAGUUCCAGUUUGGGCUCCCUAUGGUCAUUUGUGGAGAAACCUCAGGCGUGUUGCUACCAUUGAAAUCUUCUCUCAUAUCAGCCUCCAAAAGUCUUCUAUCAUUAGAGAAGAAGAAGUGUACUAUCUUCUCCGCCAAAUGCUUAAAGUGUCAAAUAUAGAACCCCAAAAGGUGGACUUCAAGUACUUGUCCACGCUUUUGGUGUCCAAUAUAAUGAUGAGAAUGGUUGCUGGAAAGCCAUGUGUUGGAGAGGAGUUUGCAUGCAUGGAUGUGGGAAAGCAACUUCUCAAAGAAUUCAAAGAUAGCUACUUUGCAAGCUCGACAGUGAAUAUAUGUGAUUUCUUUCCAAUUUUAAAGUGGGUCGGUUACAAAGGGUUGGAGAAGAAUAUGAUUAGAAUGCAGAAAAUGAGGGAUGGAGCAUUGGGGCGUUUGAUAGAAGAGAUGAAACAAAAGAAACCCCAUGUGGAAAAGAAGAGGACACUGAUUGAAACUCUUUUUUCUCUGAGAGAAUCUGAACCUGAAUUCUAUUCAGAUAAUGUCAUCAAAAGCAUCAUAUUGGUAAGUUCAUCCACAUAUUUUUCAUUAGUAAAAGUAAUUGAGAUAGAGACAUGCACCUACCUUAAAAUACAAACGAAGUAA